CGGGAUAUAAAUAUCUACACCUCAUGCUUUAAGAAUCAAUCUUUUUGGUUUGCAUUUCACUUGAAACAUGCAGUGUUUUCCCGUUCUUAUGCUCCUUGUUUUUGCACCCUGCGUUCUCUGUUUAACUUUGAACGAUCUAUUUCCGUUUGGAAGCGAAAACGGAGACACUGCCAUGGACAAAAAUGACGAUGGGAGCACUUCAGACAUUCCUAUCUCAACUCUCUUCCCGUUUUUCAAUCAUCAACACUCCAAAUUAAUUGUCAAUACAAACGGAGUGAUAACAUUCUUACAAAGUAUAUCAACUUAUACACCGAACCCUUUUCCGAUUGCAAAUAACGCAAGGAUGAUCGCUCCAUUCUGGGCUGAUGUGGACACAACGAGAGGAGGAACAGUUUGGUACAGAGAGACAACAGACGAUGACCUACUGAACAGGGCCAGCGAGGAGGUCCGGACGUAUUUUCCACAGUUUUACAGAUUCAAGGCAUCGUGGUUAUUCGUGGCCACUUGGGAUCGUGUUUCAUUUUACGGUUGUACGUCGUCGUCUUGUUCGAAGACAAACAGAUUUCAAGUCAUUUUGAUAACCAAUGGACAGCACUCGUUCACCAUAUAUAAUUACGAAGACAUACAAUGGACAACUGGAACAUCAAGUGGUGGCAAUUCUAUUACUGGUUUGGGAGGAACUCCUGCUCAGGUUGGAUUUAAUGCUGGAGAUGGCAUUGUAUUUUUCACGGUAAAUGCAUCACGAACUCACGAAAUCGUUAAUGUGACCACAAUGUCGAAUAUUGAUAUACCUGGAAAAUUUGCGUUCCGGAUAGACGCCAGUGACAUCACAGAUGGAGGUUGUAAUACUGAAGGAGAUCUGACUGUUACUCCACGAUAUGGUCCAAUGUUAGGAGGCCAGUAUUUGGUACUCGGAGGACCAUGUAUUGAAGCCACCGCAACAGUAAAAUUUAACUUUCUAGGGUUAACACAAAAAUACACCUGUGAAAGAAAAACUGAAUUCAGUGCGGUUUGCAUAACGCCUUUAUUCCGUUACACUGGUGAUGCUCUGUUGUUAGUGGAAAUUGAGGACCAAGGGAUUACGACAACAUUUCGAGGUCUCUACACGGUUUUAAACCCUGCAGACAGUAAGCAUCGAGUCUACAGACGUAACUCUCUUGAUUGGUUCACAGGACAACAGUACAUCUCGUGGGACCCGGAUGCUGCAGAACUGCAGGACAAUGAUACUGUUGAUAUCCAUCUAUUUUCAUUAGCAGAAGGAAGCGAUCAACAUUUAUCAUGGAGCAGUCAAGUUAUCCAUAGCGGAAUUCCGCGUUUGGCUGGAUCAGCUUGGAUCUCCCUUCAGACAAACAGCUUUGCAUUAGCUAUAAGAGUAACAUCUGCAAGUCGAAAAAGUGGCCAGUCCAACAGAGGAAUUUGGUCCGACAUAUUUCCUUUAGCUUUACCGCCAGAUCAAGCUUACAAAUUUUGUGAGAAUUGGUUGAAUAAUGAGACACAGUUACCGUCCCUGCCAACUGCUGACGUUCAGCCUUGUCCGUGUACUUUGGAUCAGGCGCUUUUGGAUAUUGUUCGAUUUCAACCCGAUCCAGAUUGCAAUAUGUUCAGCCAAACUUCUAUAUUUUCCCGGACGGGCAACUGCUUGUACCGAAGAGAAGCGUCCCACUGUAUUCGACUGGCUAGUUUAGGACCUCAAGGAGUGGACAAUUUAUGUUGUUACGACAGGGAUAAUAAUCUGAUCGAUUCAAGAGUCAGAGAGGGCGGAUCUCUUCAGAGGUAUCACUACAGUGGUGGAAGUGGAGUCCUACCCUACCUCGCAAAUUUCUACUUUGAUGUUCUUCCAUUUCUCCACUGUUGUCGAUAUUCUCAGAAUGUGUACCAGAUUAUAGGGAGUGAAUCUUCCUCUGUUACAAAUAUCUGUCCCAGUUAUUUCACGCAACGAAAAUUUAGUUCAUGUAUAAAUUACGACCCUCCACGGCCAGCCCGAACAAAUGGAGAUCCUCAUAUAACUACUCUAGAUGGAUUUAGAUACACAUUCAAUGGAAUUGGAGAGUUUACGUUCGUGCAAACCUUAAAUGGUUCUUUUCUAAGUCAAAUACGGUUUGAACAGUUUCAGAAAGAUAAUGGUGAUUUGGUGGAUGCAAGUGUCUGCACAUCCUUUGUGUCUCAAAGUCCAAACACUUCCGCUGUUGUUGAAGUUCGUCUUAACUCGAUCAGAACUGCAGACGUUUUAGUUAAUGGUGACGUCAUAGAUUUUGACGAGUCCAAUGCCUAUCAAUUUCAAGGUGUAUCCAUUAUGCAAGUUAGCAAUAACUUAACCAAACGAGAGUUUAUUGUAUCUUUUACCAUCAUUGGAAUUGCAUUCAAGGCCAUUGCAAGUUCGAAUGUCCUCAACAUACUUCCCGUAGUCGGAAAUAAUUCACUGGCUGGAACUUUAAGAGGUCUCCUGGGUGAUUUUGAUGAAGACCCAAACAAUGAUCUACGAUCCCCAACUGGGGAGAUGUUACUACCAAACUCAACUACAGAGGAAAUCUACGACAAAUUUGGAUUACCUUGGAGAAUCACAGAGACUGUUUCCCUAUUCACGUACGAAGUUGGAAAGUCCUACAAUGACUAUCAAAAGCUUUCCUUUCGUCCGGCCUUCACAUCUCCAGCAAAUGUUCCCCCAGAAGUCGAGGAACUGUGUGGAGGUGACGAAGAAUGCGUGUUCGAUUAUGCUGUGACAGGAUCAGCGGAACUUGCAGCCGAAACUCAGCAGUUCACUGUUAUAUUCAAUACAUCUGUAGGGGCUUCCUAUCAAAUAAAAAAUUGUGAAGAUCUACCAACAGUUCAUGGAGGUGUUUGGAAUGCAACAAGCACGAUAGAAGGAUCCAGUGCCACGUUUUCGUGUUAUCCUGGUUAUGAAAUGGAAGGAGCAAGUAAUAUCAUUACAUGUGAAAAUGGCACUUGGACUGACUUUGGGAAUUUUUCUUGCGAUGUACUAGUUACUACUUCCACAAUGGACUUAAGUUCCUUUAUUUCAACAACACUUGAUAUUAUGAGUGUAUCAAAUACCGAAACUGUUGAGGAAACUUCAAUAGUAUCAGCUACGACAGAAAUUGAAACUGAAACUUCUACUGAUAUCACUACUACAGACGCAAAUUCCAUCACAAGUACAGAAGACAUAACAUACACACUAUCAAUCUCAGAAAGUACAACUACUAAAUCUACAUCCACUUUAUAUUCCACUACAGAGAGUACCACUGAGAGUUCUACAUCAGAUUUACCUUCUACAACAGAGAGUACUACUGAGAGUUCUACAUCAGAUUUACCUUCCACUACAGAGAGUAUCACUGAAAGUUCUACAUCAGAUGUACCUUCCACCACAGAGAAUACCACUGAAAGUUCUACAUCAGAAUUACCUUCCACUACGGAGAGUACCACUGAAAGUUCUACAUCAGGUUUACCUUCCACUACAGAGAGUACCACCGAAAGCUCUACACUGAAUAUGUACCCCUCUACAGAACGUAUCAUCGCAAGUUCUACAACAUCUCUUCCUUCCACUAUAAAAAGCUAUAAUUCAACAGUACCUACUAUUGAAAGUACAACAAUAACACCCUCUACAACUGCUAAAAUCACUACUGAUGAUUCUUUACCAACCUUUACCACUACAGAAAAAGCGGAUGAGAAAUCGACAACGUCUUUACACACCUCUACAAAACAUAUCACUGAAGUCUCCACAUCAACAUCCUCUACUGCUAUAGAAAAUAACACCGAAAAUCCUAGACCGUCAAGUUCAGUGGUAACGGUGAAUACUGAGGCCACAACAACUUCCAUCAUUACAACAGUUCCUCCAUUCCGAAAAAGUCUUCAGCAAGUAGAUGACUUCUUAAAAGAAAAUUUCAAAUACAUCAUCAUUGGUGGAGUUUUUAUUGUUCUCUGCAUCGUUCUUGUAGGAGUGUUUAUCUGCAGACGAUCUUCAAAUAACAAUGAAGAAAGGAUAUAUGAGGAAGUUAGCAUAGAAGGUCCACAGAAGAGCCACAAUUUUUCCUCGGCGAAAUUUAGUUCCAGUCAGAGUUACAGCUCUUUAUCUUCUGUACUAGGAAAGUUAUCAUACUGCGAAGAUUAUACAAUCUAUAAAUAUGAAAAAGACGUCAAUAGCUCGGAAAUGUAGUUAUCGUUCAACGAUAAUGAUAUGUUUUAUGUUUUACCUCGAUUAUUCUAACAAACACAUGUAAUGGAAUCGUGUCUAGAAUUCCAAUGUAAUAAUCUGAUUUUUAAAAAUUCUUUUUAACUAUAUGUGGUCUUUAACACUAAUCAGAAUGGAAUAGUCGAUUCAAACAUUUCUUUCUUGUCAACUCAAUUUUGCAAAACAAUGCAGUGAAUUUCAAAUCAACUGAUUUAAUUGAACUGUUUUGUAAAUCAAAUAUACAAAUACUGUGUUACAAGGAAGACAAGAUCAAAGGCUAAUGAUAAAUGAUAUAAAAUAUUGUGAUAAUGGGAUUUAAACCAAGGACCUCUUGAUUUGGGAUCGACGUCGUUACCUCUUGACCAUUUCAUUUUAAGUGUUGACAUAUUGGGCGAAAAUUAUGUAACAUUAAAUGAUAAGCUUAUGAGGUUUGGAAAUAUAGGAUUUAUUUGUAAUCAUUUCUUAUUUUCAUUAUUUGUUGAAAAUUAUUUCGGGUUAUGUUAUAUAAAGAAAACUUUUAACAUAAAACUAAUUAUUGAUAAAUACUUAUAAUGUCAUAUGCAUGAUGGUCAUUUCUCGUGAUAUUUUGUGGCCAUUGGGACAGAAAGAGUUUGAGGCACUGUGAAAAUUUGUAUUAUAGUGAUGCAAAUAGCACUUUGUAUAUUCAAACAAGUAAUAGGGUAUGUAGUUAUCUAGGUAUGCAUGCACUGGUUCUAUGAAGUUAUUAUGAAGAUAAAUUUCAUGUUUAAAUGUCCACUGUAAGUGUCAGCAGUUCAUUGUUUACAUAUCAAGUUAUACAGACAAGGGUAUUAAGAUGAUUUAAUUGUUACUUUAAAUAUAUCACAUGUAUGGACAUCAGUUAGUGUAAUAAUUAUUCUAAGGCCAAGCAAUAAGUAUAGUGUCUGUAUUAGAUAUUUUUAUUUUGAUAUAGUACGUCUUACAAUACACUGUUCAGAAGGGAAGUGCCUAGCUGUACUCACCACCUUUGUCCCUUACUUAGGGUAGCACUGUAUACUCAUCAAUAUUUAUGGUGUUACAUAUUUAAUUGAACUGUUUUGUAAAUCAAAUAUACAUAUACUGUGCUACAAGGAAGACAAGAUCAAAGGCAAAUGAUAAUUACAUUCUGUCUAGUUUGUUUGUAUUGCAUGUUCAUGUAUGAGGUUGUAAAUAGAUGGUGUACUAAAAUACAACCCCCCCCCCCCCCCGGGGGGGGGGGGGGGUAGAAACUACAUCAUCAGUGACAAGGUAUACGCACACAAAUAAAUAUAGCAUUGUACAAAGCAACAAAA